UUGAUGAUCUAAAGGAAGAGAAACCUGGGAAUAGAGAGUUAUAUAAGAAUUCAGAUCUGAAUCGUGCUUUCCAAAUAGAUUUCAAGGACCAUGCCAAUUAUGUGUCAUUUUUAGAGAAUCAAUUAAGCAAAGUUUCCAAUUCUUCUGAAAAUUACUACAAUUACUUAUCUGUUGUUCAAUCAUCAGGAUAUGAUAAAACAAGGUCCAUAUGUGAGCUUGCAAAAUCACACCCUUUAAUAUAUAUAUGUUUUCGUGAUAAAGGUUCAACUGGAUAUCCUCCAGCAACACCAAAGAGUGAUGUUAUGCUAAAAGAAAUUAAAGAAGCAACGGGUAUAGAAAGUGCAGAAGAAAUGGCAAAGAUAUGGCUUAAAUCAAUGAUAUUUGUGUUUUAUGAGAUGAGAUUGGAAGAGUCUUCAAAAUUAUUGACAAAUGCUGCAAGGAAAUAUGAUUGUAAUAUCCACAAACCAUUUAUUUACAUAGUAGCACAGGAUUGCUUAAGUGGCAUAGACCAGAUUCCACAUGAUGAAGAUAUCUCAGCACAUGAUAUUAUUCAGUUUGGUAGGCCUCUUUGGGUAUUUAAUUGGGUAGCUAGCAAACAUUCAGAUAAUCAAUUUAAAUUUCGUGAUGUAAUAAAUCUUGCAAAAGCCAAACUUCUUGGAAGUACCUCUAGCUGGGAUAGUG